UUCCCACAUCGGGGGAACCUUCUCACACAGGAGCUGCCUGCUUUCAGAAGAGCGGCUUUACAAAUCAGCAGCAGAGGGAGAGAGCGGAAAAGAGAAGAGGAAGAGUGGGGGGUGGAACCAAGCAGACAGACUACAUUAUGAAAUUCAUCUCUGCAUAUUACUUGCUGCCUCUUUUCCCUGCUUUGAUUCUCAGCACCAGACAGGGCUAUGAAGAGCUGGAGAGACAGCUGAAGGAAGUCUUUAAAGAAAGAAGCAACAUUCUCCGUCAGCUAUCAAAGACAUCAAAAGAACUUGAUGGCAUUAAAGUAAACCUGGAGUCUUUGAAAAAUGACGAAGCAUCUGCCAAGAAUGAUGUUCAGAAACUUCUGGAAUUAGGACAAAAGCAAAGGGAAGAAAUGAAAUCCCUCCAGGAGGCCUUUCAAAAACAGCUAAACGAGGCAACUGAGAAAGCAGAGAAACAGCAGGCUACCAUUAAUUUUUUAAAGACUGAAGUGGAACGAAAGAGUAAAAUGAUCCGUGAUCUCCAGAAUGAGAACAAAAGCCUGAAAAACAAACUCCUCUCAGGAAGUAAGCUUUGUGGUAUCCAUGCAGAAGAGUCAAAAAAAAUCCAAGCCCAAUUGAAGGAGCUACGUUAUGGAAAAAAAGAUUUGGUUUUUAAGGCUCAACAGUUAACUGAUCUGGAACAAAAACUAGCAAUAGCUAAAGAUGAAUUGGAAAAAGCAGCUCUUGAUGAGGAGUCACAGCUGAAAGCUCUGAAGGAAACUGUCCAGCUAUGCCUGUCCUCCGUUCUGCACAAUCAAUCUCCCGUUACAAGAAUAAUCUCUUCAAAAGCAACAGAGAGGCGGACAUCACCCUCUACCAAUGAUUCCAAAGUUCCAAUUCAGAUAUCAAAUGCCAAGCCUCAGCAAAGUGCCUCAGAAAACAAAGAGUCCCUUGAAGAUGAAACAGCAAAGGAGGAAAAUCCAACUACCCACAAGUGUGAUUCUCAAGAUGAGGGAAAAGCUUGUUUGGUGAAUCAUAGGUCAUCAUCGCCAAGCAACAAAACAACGGAAGUAGAUCCCACUUUGAAGAAACUGACCAUCCCUCCAUGGAUUAAGCCUGAGCCUAAAAAAAUCACAGAAAAAAAUUUGAAGAACUUGCAAGAAAUUGCAAAUACAAAAGAAAAAACACUGUACAAAUGAAGAAGCUCUGUUUAAAAUGUUCUUUAUUAGCUAAUGUCUUUCUUCAUAUUAUUUUUCGGCAUGACAAUGUACUAAGUUUCUAAAGCAUGCACCUUUUACACUCUUUUAUGUAUGUUUGUAAAGUAGCCAAGAAACUUUCAAAAUCAAAUUUACCCAUUAGUAUCUUUUCAGCAAUAAUCUAAUUAAAAUGGACAUGUAGAGAACUACUUUGUAAUACAGCACCAUUUGGCUAAUAUAUUGUUUUGAUUGGUCACAAUUAUAUUUCAAUUUAGUUUGCACACAAAUGUCAUCAAAUGAUUUGAUUCCCCUAAUACAUGGUAGAGGUACUCUCCAGAUCCAAAGCACAUUAGGGAUUCUGUGUAUAUUAAGCAAACCUUAAUUAAUACACACACAUACCCUGUCCCCCCCAAAAAAAUGCCUACCCCCCAAAAAGAAAAAUUGCCUAUACCUGUCUUGAGGUUGUUGAUGCAUUUAACAUUAACAUCUAGGAAAUGUUGUGGUUUUUUAUUUGUUUUUUAACAAAUGUUAGUAAAAUUCUUACUCUGAUGCUAAUUUGCCUAGAUGACUAUGCUCUUUGUCCCAUUUCCCUAUGUGCCUAUUAGACAAUGCUGCAGUGCAUUGCUGAAAUCAGUCUUUGGUAAGACUCUGGAUUUCAAAGUAUCCAAUCCCAGGUCCUGUUGGAGGUGGCAAGGAAAACCUAUGGAAAGAAAGGGGAAAACUACAUUUCCCAGUAGGCAAAGGGGCUAUUUACUUACAUUUUACAGGAGAAGGGGGCUGUUUGGGGUAGUCAUGCUAGAAGAUCUCUAGUUUUGCAGAAGACUUUGCCCUCUUUGACUCAGGAGUUGGCAACACUGGGCCUCUUUGCUAUGGGCUGCGAUAAGUGGUAAGUCAUCUUUUAAUCAAUCUUUGUUGAAAAGGUUAAUUGAGGUAAUAAACGACUGGUGUUUGUUUUGAA